UUGUUUCUGCCUGGGCAGGCCCGCCGGGAUCGAUUGCUCCAGUCUGGCCCGUCCGCAGAGCGGGAAAAUUUUCAAUCAGCCUGGCGGCCACAGCAAACUUCCACACUCUUCACGACCUUGACCAGCAUCCGCUUUUUCAGGCUUUUACAUCUCGGACUCCCAGUACCACACGAGUGGAAGCGAAGACGUUCAAGCCGCCGCCGCCGCCGCCAUGUCUGAGGCUUAUUUCCGGGUGGAGUCGGGGGCGCUGGGGCCUGAGGAAAACUUUCUAUCCUUGGACGACAUCCUGAUGUCCCACGAGAAGCUCCCGGUGCGCACAGAGACCCCCAUGCCUCGCCUCGGCGCUUUCUUCCUGGAGCGGAGCGGAGGGCCCGAGACUGACCACGCGAUCCCUCAGGGCUCAAAGCUUGAACUCCCUUUGUGGCUGGCAAAGGGACUUUUUGACAACAAGCGGCGGAUCAUUUCCGUGGAACUUCCCAAGAUCUACCAACAAGGUUGGAGGACAGUGUUCAGUGCCGACGCCAAUGUGGUGGACCUCCACAAGCUGGGGCCACAUUUCUAUGGGUUUGGCUCCCAGCUCCUGCAUUUCGACAGUCCCGAGAAUGCAGAUAUUUCCCAGUCUCUCCUGCAGACAUUCAUUGGACGUUUUCGCCGCAUCAUGGACUCCUCCCAGAACGCUUACAAUGAAGACACUUCAGCACUGGUAGCCAGGCUGGACGAGAUGGAGAGGGGCUUAUUUCAAACAGGACAGAAAGGACUGAAUGACUUCCAGUGUUGGGAGAAGGGGCAGGCUUCUCAGAUCACAGCCUCCAGCCUCGUUCAGAACUAUAAGAAGAGAAAACUGACUGACAUGGACAACUGAAGGCCAAAAGAACACAGAAAUGCUCCUGGUGGAGGGAACCACCCUGUGUGUCCUUGAUAGGAGGAGCCUUGCUGACCUUCUGUAGGACGAGAACCGUGUCCUGUGUCAUGGCUUAUUUCCUGCAGCAGUCCGUGUGGGAAAGGAUGUGCUGUGGGAGGUCCUUGACCUAUGAGGCAUAUGAGACUAUCCCAACCUGCUGACCCACAGCCCAGGCCUACUUAACCCAUGAACCCCCAGCUGGAGAGAAACCAAAGUCCCUUAUAAAGAAGGAUGGUUAAUACAUGCAUCGCGGUAUAGUUGGAACUGGGAACACUUGUGCCUGGGAAUGUAAUAGUCUCCAAUGUCCAGUUUCACUAGCUCCAAAGGACAGGUACAAAUGGGCCAUCUUCGCCUGCUCACAAAUGUUCACGUGAGCGUAACUGCUCCAUCUUCCUCAUGGGUGCUCAGAGGACAGCAGGCAGGCCUAGGAUGUCGGCCUUACUUGUGUCUCCUGCCUAUGGGGAGUUACCCCAAGCCAAGAAUAAAGAAGAAAAAGGAACAGACAGAAGAAUGGUGGGGCUUUUACUGAAGGGGCUUUUACACAUUGCCUUCCUCCUCUGUAGCCAGGGCUUUGGGGUCUAGGUGCACAAAGCUCUGCAGGCAGCCUGGAGGGGAAAUGGUUAACCUGAGCCUGGCUUUUGUCUUGAGAUCUUCAGAGCCCCCAGCACAGCAGUUCCUUCCCUCCCUAGAGCAGCUGUCAGGGAGUCAUUUGGAAUCGCAAAGUAAUUAUUAAAGGGUGUGUACCAGCUUUUCUUACAUUGAAAACCAGACUUUAGGGUGACUGGUUAGGAAGGGCCCCAUUUGAGAAGCUUCACGGGGCAAAUGUAAGUAGGCGGGAGAUCUUGACGAUGUUUUCCCCCUUCAGUAAAUUCGGCAGCAUUAUUACCUAGAGGAUUCCUGACCGUUUACCUAGGAUCUGUUUCAGCAAGCACAGAGCUCUUCCCCAGAGAUCAAGGCGGAAACCUUGGCCUGAGUAAGAAGCUUUGUUCCCUGCAGGCCAACCCAUUUGAAGGAUAGUUGUCUCUACGCCGACUUCCCAUGAGUGACAACUGUCUUUGUCAUUAGAAAUUAUAGAGGGAUUUGGGGAUCCAAAUUGUGCAGAUGUCUCCCUGCAAACUUAGAAUGCCAGAACGGCUUUUUAAAUGCAUGUUUCAAGAUGGAAACAGUGUUUUUAUAAUUUGAUUUUGGUGCUAAAUAAAUGAUCCAUUUUGCACAUGAAUACAUUCUGUACAAGUACUAUUUCUGUAACUCGAGUACUACAGAUGAUCAGACAAAGCGAUCAGAGAAUUUUGUCUUUGAUCGUAUUUGACAAUAAUGCCCAACUAAAUCCUUGCUUCCGUGGCUGCUCUUUUGUUUGCACCAGACUCAUGAAUUUGAGGGACGUUCUCUGUAGCAAUGAUUUGUGUCCCAGAAAGGUGGGCCUUUCUUUGCUAGCACGGUGUUUGCAUAGAGCCAGGGCCCAGAGACAAGGCAUAGUCAGAGGGAGAAAGUAUAUUGUGUCAUUUUUGGAUUCACUGUUUUCACAGAUAGCUUUGUAUUUAAAGUCUGUCCUAAGGCGGCUACCAUUUUUUUCUCUUACUGGGAAAAAAAAAUUAUGCUGGAGUCACAUGCUGGGAGUAAGUGGGUAUGCAUGUGCAGAAUUUAUUCCCUGUUUUACAUUUUGAACGGAUUAUUAUAAGUAGCUUUUGAAACCUAUUUCCAGUUACAAGGUUGCCUUCAAGCCUUUCAAUUACUACCCCUUUCCCCUGCAGUUCUCCCCAAAUCAGGCUUAUAGAUCACUAUUUGUUCCCUUCAAAGAGGUGAGUUUUUCAAAAUGAGUCCAAAAAUGACUCAAACAGCAAAUUGCUCUUAAAAUCAAUAGCGAGAAAAUGUGUGUCCCUUGCCCUUAAGGCUCUGUUCCCAGGUAACUGAGGCCUUAAUUAUAUGCAAACGCCUCACCACAUUCAGGUUUUUCCCUGGGACCAUCUGGGCUGCCAGGGGAGUGGGGCAAGUCUAGACUCCUGGGUUCGUCCCUCCUGCUCUCCUUGACCUCUGAACUUUGGAUGGCCCCAGUCUCAGUCCUUGGGUCCCUCCUAGCCUAGCCAUUCUCCCUCGUGAGGGCAUCUUAUCCUAUCUCAAGCUUUUUAAAUACCAUCUACGUGCUACCCAAAAUUUGAUCUGCAGCUCAGACCCUCCAACUCCAGACUUGGAUCCCACCACCUACUUGACAUUCUACUUCAACGUCUGACCUCACUUGGCUGAAAUGGAACUAAUCUGCCUCAGUCUGCUCCUCCUAUAAUUUCUGUCUUCUCUGUUUCAGACAACACCAUCCUUCCCUUUUGCACAGGACAAAAACCUGGGUGCCUCCUUGGCCCUGCCCUUCCUCUCCAUAUCUUUUGGGUCUAUCUUCAAAUCACCUGUACAAUCUGACACGUCUUCCUCCACCGCCAGUCUUGCACUAGAUGGUUGUGGUCACCUCCCAAUGGCCCCCUGCACCCACUCUCCACCCCACCUUGAGACUUCUCACCAUAGCAGCCACAGUGGUCUUGUUCAAAAAUAAGUCAGAUCUUAUUUAUUCUCAGCUCAAAGCCCUUCCAAAUCCAAGAAAAAGACCAUUCCACCAUCCCAGCCCCUUUUAUUAAAAAAGUUCACUUAA